AUGGCGUAUCCGGAGAUGUAUAUGUUGGGGGGGCCGCCUUUCCGGCUGGGCAAGUGCAAGCGUGGGCGGCCUGUGGUAAUUGACCGGGACGGCGAGGAGGUGGGGCUGCUGGGGGAUGCCUGGUGCAUCCUCACUGAGCUGGCCACCGACGACAAGUGGGCCGGCGUACAGAUCGCAUACGUCAGCCGAACAGAUGAACCACAGUGGGCCAACAAGUGCCUCCAGAUGCUGCAGCUUGACAGCGGGCUGAGCCUGCAUGCGCUGGCACACCACCAUGAGAUCUACCCCGGCAGCAAGAAGACGCACUUCCGGCGCAUUCACGAGCGCACCAAAGUGCCCUAUGCCGACAUGCUGUUCCUCGACGACAUGCAGUGGAACAUUCAGGACGUGGAAAGCAUGGGCGUGUGCGCGGUGUACACGCCUCGCGGCCUCACCGCCGACGCGUGGCAGAAGGCGCUGACAGAAUAUGCUAAGCGGCGAAGCUGGGCGUGA